AUGAAUUCAACUAUCAUUAAAAUUGCGCUUGCUUAAUGUUUCAAAAUAGAUUAUAAAAAUAAAGUUUCUGAUCCUGAUCAAUAUGACAAUUUUAUUGAAUCAAAAGGACCUUAAUAUACAAUAGUUCCCAGAAGACCUAUUUCUAAAUCAUUUCAAGGUUUAAUCCUGAUUUAAUUGGUCCUUGAGCUUAUGAGAAAAAAAAUCAGUGGAUAUUACUCACUAAAGCUAGCCCAGAGUCGAUUUUACUUAAGGAGAGAAAAAUAAACAAUUUAAGAGUAUUGA